ACAAAACCUGAAGCAAGCAUAUGUCAUAGACACUACAGUAGUCCUGUCAAUUUCCUACUAGUUGAUUACCUAGUAGUAAUCUAGUAUAAGCACGAGUCCUUAUAGAACAAAAAUGCACAAUGAAAAUCUAGUUUACUCUAGUAUUCUUAAACAAAUACUUCAAUAAUGAGCUAGAGUUUCUAUAUUGUAGUUUCCAACUUGGAUGACACAUUAUUUCCGUUUGCAUCAACAAUGUUUAAGAGCACAGGAAAUUAAUAGUUAUAAAUGAAGUUGACUAAAGAUCAAAAUUGAGUUGCCGGCCGUUUGGCAAACUAUAGUCGUAUAGAGUGUACCACGCCUGUGUGGAUGCACGUAGGACCAUCAUGUAUUGAGGAUCUUUUGCCUCGCGAGUGUAAUUCUCUCAAUAUGGAAUAAAACUUCUUUUCACUCAAAAAAAAAAGCAGUGAUAUUAUCCGGUGACAACAGUCAAUGAAUCCAGAACGAACUUUUUUCUUUGAGUCAAAGUAGUGAACGAACUGGCAUUGCAGAGAAGGAAUGAACCAGGGCCGACCACGCGGCGGAGCCUUACGAUCUCUGCGUAAUCAAAAGCCCAGAAUAUCCUAAGGGCCUUUCCACCGCAGAAUCACCAGCAGGGCGCGUAACCGAGCAACCGGAAUCAAUGGCUGCGCGCCAGUGGUGACGAACGGACACACCGAAUCCGCCGCCGCGACAUCCGGCAGCCCUAACGGCGAUGGCAUCAAAGACCUCGCCCCGCCCCCUCCCAUGGGCACCGCGCGCCACACGAUUAUCACACAUUCGCGGCCGAGGGAGCGAGCAGCGCCGGCCGCGCCGCGGCACCGCCGGUAGCUCUCGCCUCCCGCCGAUACCAUGGCCAACGCCGCGGUCGACCCCGAGAGCAAAAGGGCGCGGUUGACUUCGUCCAUGUCGUCCGUGGACACCAUCCUCCGUCUCCCGCCCUCGCUGCCGUCGACGUCCGCGACGCGCGCCCCGGCGGGCCACCCGCUGGAGGAGCGGCCCGCGCGUCGGAGGCCGGCGCGGAGAUCCAAGCCCGUGAGGAUUUUCCAGAGCAUGUUCCGGUCUCUGCCGGUGCUGACGGUGCCGCGCUGCGGGGGGAUUCUGACGGCAGCUCCGACCGCCGCGUCAGCGUCGACGUCGCCGGCGCGGUCGGACUCCCUCCUGUCGCAAAUCAUCUCGCCCUCGACCACGUUGAAUGGCGUCGGUGCGUCGUCCCGGCGGCACAUGACUGGCACGCUCUUCGGCUGCCGCGAGGGCCGCGUGUCGCUCGCGCUGCAGGAGAACCCGCGGUGCCGCCCGGCGCUCGUGGUGGAGCUGGCGCUCCCGACGCACACCCUGCUCCGCGAGCUCGGCGGCACGGCCGGUACGCGCAUCGUGCUGGAGGCCGAGAAGAAGCACGUGGAGGAGCACAGCAGCUCCGGCGGCGGCGAACACGGCGACGCCGCGGCGAGGCAGCACGACGACGACGGGUGGCUGCUCCAUGAGCCGAUCUGGACCAUGUUCUGCAACGGCAAGAGGGUGGGCUACGCGGUGCGGCGGGAGCCGACGGACGGCGACAUCGCGGUGCUGGAGACGCUCUGGGCCGUGUCCAUGGGCGGCGGCGUGCUCCCCGGGAGGGCAGGCUCGGCCGCGUCUGACGGGGAGCUGGCGUACAUGCGGGGUUGCUUCGAUCACAUCAUCGGGUCCGAGGACUCUGAGUCGCUGUACAUGCUCGGGCCGCAUGGCGGCGAUAGCCCGGAGCUCGCCGUCUUCUUCGUUAGGCUUUGAGCCGAUCAAUCGUCUGUCUCUCCCUCUCUCUC